CACCAGCAGCAGGUGCAGGACAGGGGAAUUCAGGAGCCAUCCAGCCUCGGGGAGCGCUUCCUGCCAGCGCAGGUCUGAAGAGACCUGGGACGGCUGGAGAUUCCCUACCAGUGCGUUUUUAAAAAAUUCUUUUGAUAGAACUUGUUAACAAGCCAAAGCCAGGAGCUCAGUGAAGCCCAACUGCGGCAGGACACAGGACGGUGAUCAUUUGCAAGGAGGAGGAGUUCUCCUUUCACCAUCUUCCCCUUCCAUGGCAGCUGCUUAAACUUGCUUCCUGAAGAGUCAAGGAAAAGACCACCUCAUGGAACUGAUCAAGUGGACUCCCCAUGAAGACUUCAACCAGACCCAGGCCAGCGCUUUCCUGGGGCUCCUGCUGGGUGCCCACGUGGAGGGGAGGAAUGUCACCAACUCCACCAGGGCUGUGAAGGUGCCAGAUGGGACAAGUGCCGCCUGGUACAUCCUCACCAUCAUUGGCAUCUACGGGGUGAUUUUCCUCUUCCGGCUGGCCAGCAACAUCCUCAAAACGAAUGAUAAGUCCUUGGAAGAUUUUUAUUACUCAAAUUUGACUUCUGAACUCAAAAAGAAAGGGCUCCAGAGCAAGGUAGCCAAAUGCACUGCACUAACCAUUAGCAACAGAGCUGCCCUGCAGCCCAACCAGGCCAGCCUGGGGCCAAAGUGUGCAAACGGCAGACCCCAGACCGAAACCCAGGAGAUCCCUUGAAAGUCAAGGCCAGCAGGUCUCCAACCUUCUCGCAGUGGGAGCAGCUUUGGGUUUUCCUGGAACCUUGGGAGAGGAACUGAGCCCUUGGGUGGGGGAACAUCACCGAGCCAUGGGUGCUUCUGGCUAAUGGGUGUGACCAGAGCCUGCAAAUUAUUUCCUUCUCAGGCUUUCUGGUGUUUUGAGAAGAGAGAGUGUGGCAGCAACUUCCAGCCACACUCGCCAUUCACUGGCAAAGCCUGUGCUCCAGGGAAGAAUGUGGGCACUGGGUGUUCUCAGAUGAAUCUGGGAGACUCCUGGGGCUGUGCAAGAAGGUGGCUUCUUGUCACGGAUGGAUGGCUGAAUUUGGAGUCAAAUGCCUUAGAUUAAAAUUCAACUUCUGGGGGUCACAUAAACCAAGCAGCUAGUUGCUCACCUAGAACAUGUGGGGGCUGGGGCAGAUAGUUUCAAGGGGUCAUCAAAUUUGUUAAUAUCGUAAGUUGGAAAUUCUUCAUUUUUAUUGAAAGAAUGGGAUGUUUUGGGAAAAAGCCUUAAUUUUGGAGUCAGAAGAACCAAACUCUAGUCUGGGUUUGAUUAUCAACCACUUUGGUGUCCUUUCUCCUAUCACUUCACCUCUUUAGAACUUAGUUUCCACACAGACAAAAUGAGGAUAGUGAUGUCAGAUCUGCCAACUUUGCCAAGUAGAUAAGAUCCAACGAAAUCAUGCAUAUGAAUGUAGUUUGAAAAGUAAAAUAAAUACGUAAAUAUAA